CUGAAACAAGCGCACUUAUUCAAACUAUAAAAUCCAUAAAUAACUACCAAACAAACUGGAAUCGAAUGACUAGACCACCUUCGACUGGACAUCAUCAUAUGCAUAUAACCGUACCAAACCAACAAAAAGCAAGCAUAAAAAACCCAUCGGUUUAUAUCAGCUCGUAACAGAGAUACUGGUGUUAUCAAGGUCGUUGCUACAGUUGCAGUCGAACGAUAUAUGCCGGUGAAUUAAAAAUGAACUCUCAAAAUGAUGAGACUAAGUAUUUGUAUCAAAAAAGGACAACAAUUGUGUCGCUGCUGAGCACGAGAUAGAAAGUGAACGGAGUGACAUAAGCUCUGUAAUUAAAAAUAUUUCUAUCGAUCCUCAAAAUUCCGAUGUUGAGAGAAACAGUCUUUUGGACAUUGGAGCCAUCAAAGUUCCGGAUUAUUUUGAUAAUGAUUUAACUGCUAAUAAUAGCAUUUCUGAAACCAAGGAAAUGGACACCAGACAUGAAGAGUUACUAAAUUCUCCUGUGAAUGAGAAUCUAGAUCAGUUAAGACUAGACAGUGAUGGUCAUAUAACUGAACAAGAAACUGGACCACAUUUUACGGAAAUCCUUGAAGACAAACAGAACACUAUUGAACUACAAGAAAGUCAUGAGGAGAUACAUCAUGUUUCUAAACCUGAGGAAUCUAAUGAACUUGGUCCUUCGUUUUCAGAAUCUCAUACGACUGAUAAUAACGAAUGUACCAGAAGUCAGGCAGAAGUAGCAGAAGAGUUCAGGAGGCGCGAGGAGUUGGUGGAAAAGUACAGACAAUCCUUAAACGAACAGAAAGCCGUCAAAGAUUUGAACCUUCAGCUCCAAACAAAGUUAGCUGAAUACUUUAGACGUAAAAAAGUUGAAACAUCUGAUCAACAGAGUACACGGUUAAGCAUUAGCGGUACUGUGAGUGAUUCUACUAUAGAUUAUGAGCAGAAAUAUAUCAAAUAUAUCUCAAGUCUCUUUGACCUUCGUCACCAGUGUAAAGUAAUGCAAUCUUCUUAUACUGAGCAGAUUAACGAGAUGAAAACCUUGUGCCAAAAGAAACAAGAAGAAGUUGAUAAGGCAUAUCAGGAUUUUAUGGAAUUUAAAUAUAACGUGGGAAAGAAGGCGAUAAAUACCCGAACCGGGAAACCAAUAAACUCUAAAGAACUUUCUUCUAUAUUUACAACCGAAAAAAAUAAGGAAGCUAUGGUCAGAGAAGUUAGGUUAGAAAACAUAAAGCUAAAAAACCAACUCUCAAAGGCUGAAGCGCUACUAAAGUCAAAAGAUGAACUAUCAGAAGGCUUGCAUCUAAUUGAUUUUGAGCAGUUAAAAAUCGAGAAUCAAACAUUUAAUCAAAAAAUCGAGGAAAGGAAUGAAGAGCUGAGUAAAUUAAAACAGAAAAUUUCGGACACAGUUCAAAUAAUAACUCACAUUAGAGAAAAACUUCAAGCUGUUCUUGACAGUAAUGCCUGUCAAAAGAAAAUACUUGAUAGUAUUGAUAUGGAUUUGUCACUAAACAAAGACCACCUAACGAAAAUUAAAAAGGCUAGAGAACUUCUUAAAACUGAGAAUGCCAAACUUCGCCGAUCAUGCGGACUUUUGGGAAAAAAUGCCUUAUUACUGAACUACGAAGAUUCAUUUGACUCUGUAGUAAACAAAAGACAGUCUCUGGAAGAAACAAAACGUAUUACUGCAAACUACCGACUUCAGACAAAGGCUUUGGCUCAAAAGAUUAAGAACUUGCAACACAAUAGGACAGCUUUCUGAACUUUAUUAUUUAUUUCGUAGGGUUUAGUUUUGUUGUUGAUGAUUUUCCAUAAACUUUUGAUGAUAGAGUGUGCUAAGUAUUUAUUCACUCAUAUGACAAAUAACUUUAUGAGUCAGAGUAAAGAGCAGCUUAAAUCAGCAUCUAUUAAAAAACUUAAUAAAUGUUUACGAGCAUAAUCUGAUAGUUUUUUUUUAUUUUGACAUAUCACAAAAUACGCAAUGUUUUGUAUCAAUACAUUUUGUCGGUUAAAGAUGGUAUGGUUUGAAACCGAAAAAACCAAUCAGUUAUUUUUUGCAAAAAUUCAUGAAUAAAUGUGAUUUUGUAUUAGCAUAACUAGUUAAAUUAACAAUAAUAAAAGCGUCGAAUGAAUUUGGAUAGUCUCUCGGUUUUAGGAGACAUGUGUUCCUAGUUGAAUCAAACAAUAGCCGGCGAAACAUCGUUUAAUACUUUCCAUUUAGGGUGACAUUUAUUUUUAUUCAAGACUUUAUGUACUUGAGUCGCUAAAUUAAAUUCUUUAUCAUGCCUAUAAUUUUUGUUGUACAUCAUUACUUUAUAAUAUCUCUAGG